AGCCCUUGGCUGAGACCGCAUAGAUCUGAUCUUCUUUGUGAAAGGAGAUCAACUAAGGGUAGAAGAAGUGAAAAAUUUCACAAGAGUGUUUCUAGCAAGAUGUGUGCCUUCAACACCCUCAUGCUGCCACUCCUAGCCGUGUUUUGUGGCGUAGUUUCAGCUCAAAUCAAAUACCCGACAUGCUCUACUCUGUGGAAAGAACAGGGCUGCAAAAUUGGAUUCCAUUAUAACCUGUCAAUUCUGAUUGACGACCGACACCCGAAUGCCGCCGUCAAGAUCGACUGGCACAAUCUGCCGGCAUAUUUACACAAUCUGAAAUGCCGAUGCCGUGAAGCGGGGAAAAGUAAAGGAUUUGGUUGGUUUGCUAUUAACAAAGAUGGGAUAUGUUUGUCGGCUAAAGGGACACUCAAUGACUAUCGUAAACUACACCCCUUCGAUGAUCCGAAGAACUGCACUGGUCAAAUUUCCAUAACCUCAUAUAUCGACAACAGAGCAUGUGUAACAGGACUUUAUCGGGCGUUUUUUUAUACGAUCGAGAAUCCUAUUCAGUCAUCACCACAACAAGGAGGAGAAGAGGAAAUUGCCGCUAGUCCACAAGGAGGAGAAGAAGAAAUUGCCGCUAGUCCACAAGGAGGAGAAGAGGAAGUUGCUGUUAAACCGGCCUCAAACCCUACUCAGGGCAGCGAAGAACAAGUCGCAGAAGAACCGAUAGUGGAUGGUGUACGUAAAUAACAUACAAUACUUUGGGCGUGGUACGAUGACACAAAGAGCCCUCACAUACGCCAGGCAACUCAUCGUAGAUCCACAGAAAAGGGAAAACGUCAACUGUACGGUUAUAACGAUGACAGACGGAGUAACCUAUGGGGGGACUGCAUUUCUUGAAGAGCCUGCAAAACUCUUAAGGGCCAAAUGUAAAAUGGUGGCUAUAGGGAUUGGGGACUAUGAUAACCAUGAGCUAAUGGAGAUCACUGGUCAAGUCAGUAACAACACCAUCACGAAGGAAAAUUUCAAUUCCCUCGAAUCUGAUAUGGGCAACGUCAUCYUGAACRUACUAGAGAAGUCAUGCAUUUAA